CCAAAACAAAAAUAUUAAAAAUACUAUAUAGAAAUCAUAUGGAAUCAUGAGCACGCCAGAAUUGAAUAUUAUAUUGGAAUUCAGCGCAGGGGCUGAACUUUUGUUUGGAAACAUUAAGCGACGCCAGUUGGCCCUGGAUGGUACAAAAAAAUGGAACAUUGCUAACCUGCUAAAGUGGAUGCAUGCCAACAUAUUGACAGAGCGACCAGAACUCUUUCUUCAAGGCGAUACAGUACGACCCGGCAUUUUGGUUUUGAUCAAUGACACUGACUGGGAGUUAUUGGGUGAAUUGGAUUACGAACUGCAACCCAACGAUAAUGUUCUGUUUAUAUCAACACUUCAUGGCGGUUAGAUGAUGUCGCUCCAA